AUGGGCCACGAGUUCAUCACUCCCGACAACUCUUAUGACCGAGCUGAUGGCAUCCUGGCCGAGUCUGCAGAUCAAUCCACUUCCGUCGACCACAGCCAUUACGGAGUAGUUGAAGGAGGCGUGCCUCGACUGUCGAAUAAUAUCCUUCCCCCCUCCAGAACUGAUUUGGAUAACCAGGAGGAACGCAGCGAAUGGGACGACCUUUCAGACCAUGUCCGCGCAGCUCAUGAAAACCAUGACUUGAUCUCCACCGUUCUUCAAGAACACAACAAGCUAGAUAUUCCAUCCUGUGGUGCUUCGUCGCAAGGGUUGGGUGGGUAUCUGGACAACAGCAACCUUGCAUCUGCUGGGGGGCUCUCACCACCCACAAGCGGUUUCCUGGAACAUGAAAGGGCGCUGUUGAACUCACCGCUGCCGCCUUCAUCUGUUGCAUGCAUCUCUUCACCCGAUUCCAUGGAUGACUUGAUGUUGCCAAGCAGCGAUCAGCCUGAAAUAUUGCCCGUCCACAACAACAAGGGGAAGGGUAGGACAUAUGAACCUGGUCAGCCUUUUGCGUCGAUCGACAAAGUCAGUGCAUCCAGAAGGACAGGCAGGGCUGAUGGCAUGGACCAGCCCAAGUCCUCUAGCAUAUCACCCAUCAUAGAUCGCAAGGGAAAGAGAAAGGCAUGUGAAACUGUUCAGCCUCGAUCCAUUGAGCGACCCCAGUCCCACUCAGCAUCCAAGUCCAGUCUGGGUCCAGUCACACCCCACAUAUACCAAAACUGCAAACAUGUCCUGGAGCAUGUCAGCGAGACAGAAGCAGAGGAGGAGUCAUCCAGGAGCCUCAAGCGUCUUCGUCAACUUCAGACCUCCUUUCAAGAGGCCGACAUGGACGUCAUCAGCCUGUCCAGCAGUGAUGACGCCUCCUUGCUUCCAAAAGCCAGCAAGAGUGUGGUUGAUCUGUUGAGCAAUGACGACUGUACAGAAUUCAUAGUCCCCAACAGCAGUUGA